ACAUUCGGAAUUGCCAGCAGAUUUAGCAAUUAAAUAUAUUAUAUUAAAAAUUUUACCAUUUGCUUUUUUAUUUACAAAAAAUCUAUAUAUUUAUCAUUUAAAUAAGAUUCAUUACUAUUUCAUAAGAAAGUUAACUUAUAUUCAUUUAUGUGAAAUUGUGAAACAUUUCUGCUGUAUUUACUUUUCUUUACAGAUGAGCGUACUGGAUUUUCGUUGUGACAAUGUUUUUGUAAAUGGUGAUGUGGUAGUUCCCAAAAAUAAUAUCAACAAUUUGCCAUGAAUCGUGUAUUCAUCGGUAUAAUUUUGAUUGCAUUAACAUUCUGCAAAGAAGACAGGAUUUCCAAUUUCAGAUUGUGUGGAGACCCGAAAUGUUCUGAACCUGUAUCUUUUGCAAAGACCCUGAUACGCUACACAAGUGACGAUAAAAGAAUUUUGUCAUUUGAACAUGGAGUUGAUGUUGUAAUCUACAGCAAAUCUGCAGGAUCAAGGCUAGAUUUGUGGGGUGCAGAGAUUAAAGGAAAACGAGGCUAUGUUCCCAAGGGUUUGGUCAGAGAACAAAAAAUUAUUAAGAAAAUUUUGAACUUCACUGUUCCAACAGAGUUUAACAUUGCAGCCAAGUCAAAUGAGGAUAAAUCUGGUACCAAAUCAACUGAAGAUAAAGAUAAUGAUACCCAAUCAAGUGAGGAUGAAGUAAAUGCUACCAAGUCCUCGGAAGGCAAAGAAAUUACAGCCAAGUCAGUUGAAGGAGAAAUAUUGAUACAAAGUACACAUGAAACGAAAAAUGGAACCGAACGUGUUAGUAGUAAUGGCAACCUGAGUGCAAGCCAAACUCAGACAAGUUCAAGUACACCCAGAUUGACCAAUCAGGUUCUGUCAGCUGGCUCAAACUUAGGGUCUUUUUCGUUCAAAGGAGUUUCUGCAGACUCAUCUGAAAAUAGGGCUCCGUCUCCAGAUUCUGUGGUCAAACCAUAUGAGGUCAUUGAUGGCACCACAUUGUUUUUGUCAACAGAUGGAGAUGUGGAGGAUGGCAGUCCCUCUGUGGUGAAAGCCACAGCUGUUCCUCGUGUCUCCACACCUAGUGCAACAGUGGAUCCAGAGAUUGUCAAGUCUGAAGUUAACCAGUACUCUGGUCCUGAGGAGGCAAAGCACACAUCUGAUCCAAAAACUGAUGAGAAAGCUGAAGAAAAUGCAAAAUUACCAUCCAGGAAAAGUGAAGUUGAGAAUUUAAUUGAUGGUAAAGGUACAGGCUCGCAGAAUAAUGUUGGUAAUGUGAAAAGAAGUGUAGAACAAAGUGAAGAUGUUUAUGUUAGUGAUGAUGAUGGUGAUGAUACUGAUGAUGAAGAUGAUGAUGACGAAGAAGAUGAUGAUGGCGAUGAUGAAAGCGGUGAGGAUCAUUCUGAGAAUAAUGAGGAAAAUGAAAUGGGAGAAGACCAUGAUGCCUCAAAAGUUGUGGAUGAUAAUGGGAAUUCAGAAAAUUCACUGGUCUCAAAAGGAGUUGAGGAGAGUUUAUCAAUGAAAGGAGAAGCACCUGUUGAUGGCAGUGGAACUGAAAUUAACCUCAACUUUGUUGGUACCUCACAGAAUGACCUAAAUACUCCAGAUAUAUCUGAGUUGCAGUCUUCUGAUGGCUCUUCUGACGUUAAUGUUAAAAAAGAAACAGACAGUAAAGUGGAGCUUGAUCUGAAUGACAUUUCUUCUAGUGCUCAUGACAAUCAUUCUACCAAUCAUGAGAUAAAAGCAGGUAUUUCAGAGGGUAUUAAUCCUUUAUCUUCAAGUGAAAAUAUACCUGACUCUGCUCCUGUUAGUGGUUCUGGAGAUGAAAUGAAAUCAGUGGAUGAAAAUAUUAAAUUACCAGAACUUUCAUCAACAGACCAAGACUCAUCAAUUCCCAAGGAACUGCGUGAUGUCAAUGAGACUGAAUAUAGUGAGGAAGUUUUUCUUUCAGGGUCAUCUGUUCUGGGCGAGACUUUGCAAGAUACUGUAACUGAAAUGCCAGUUGGUAAAUCAGAAGCUGUACCACCAGUUGGUAAUGGAGAACCAACAGAAAAACUGUUAUCAGAGGAAAAUAUGUCCACUGAAAGGUAUUCAGAUGAGAAUGAGAGAGUUUCUCCUAAUGGUGAAGUAUAUCCACCUGUUGAAGGUGAAGUAUCUCCACCUGUUGAAGGUGAAGUAUCUCCACUUGUUGAAGUAUCUCCACCUGGUGAGGAUGUAUCUUCAGCUGGUGGAGAAGGAUCUUCAUCUGAUGGUGAAAUAUCACCCAUUGAAGAAGGAUCUUCAACUGGUAAUGAGGAACUUUCAUCUGAUGUUAAAGGAUCUUCAGAUUCAGAUGAUAAAGGAUCUUCAGAUUCAGAUGAUAAAGCUUUGCCUGAUAGGAAAAAACCCUCACAAGAUAUUGAAAGACUUAGGGAUAUUGAAAAUUCAUUCAGUGAUGUUGAACAACUUUCAAAUGUUGUUGAAGUACCUCCAGUUGUUUUAGAUGAGAUUGAAACUAAUGAAUCUGUACUUACAAAUAAUAUAAUCACCUCUGAUAUUAUUGAAGAAGGAACUACCACCACCGUACAUGACCAUCACGAAUCAGAAAAUGGCAACGAUACAGAUGAAAUAGGAGUCUCUAUUGUAGAAAACUCCCAAGAGAAUAAUGAUCUUUCCAACGAAAUACUGAACGAUCCUGUUGAUGAAGAAGAGAGUCUUGAGGCACAGUCCGCAAUGUUAACUCAGCAUGAUUCCAGUGAAAGCCUCUUGUCUGGCAUGACAGGUACGUUACGCCAUGGUUACGAGAUUGUGGCAGGUUUGUUCUGGAGUGUAACACCUGAAGAACCAGUGACCACUGAAGGUGGUGCAACUACCACCAGCACACCAACUGAAGGUCCAGCCAUCGAUAUAGAGAAGGAAGAAAACGAUAUUGACUCUGUAGCUGUGAACAAGAGUUUAGAGAAUGCAGAAGACAAUAGUGGAGAAGCAAAUGAACCUAACGUGCCUUUAAAGUCCAUGUUGGAAAAAUCUAACACAAAAGAUGUCCCAUUCCAGAACACUGCUGAGACAGUUUCACAGAUCAUUGACGCGUGCCGCAAGGACUCAGGGCUGGACGGUCCAUGUUCUGAGGCGGAGAGUAUGUCCCCGGUCUUUGACCCACGAAGCAACUCAAGGAAGUUGCAACAAGACAUGGAAUACGAGCACGAAAUAAACUUUGAAAAUGAUUUUCUGUCUGUCUCGAGCAACUCCAUUUGGUUUGUGAUAUCUACUGGUAUUCUUGUCACCAUAUUCACCCUGGGAUUCAUCUACCUCGAAAAAAGGAAAUUCCAUAGCUCGCUGGUUGCGGAAGUGAACGCGCUGAAGAAGGAGCUGCAGAUAAAGUCGAUAGAGAUGAUGUCGAAGAGUGACGAGGGUGUGCUGGAACAGCGUGACUCCGAGGAGCUCCAUGCCUCCGUGGCUUCUCUGCAGCAGCAGCUGCAGGACUCCCAGGAGCGGUGCUCGGAGCUGGAGGAGAAAGUGCUGGCGCUGGAGAAGGAGCUGGAGACGGCCACGGAGACGGGGCUGGAGCUCAACAGGAUGCUGGGCGACAUGCUGUCCUCGCAGCAGGACUCCGACCAGCUGGCCCACAACAUGGAGGACCUGCGCAGGCAGCUCGACUCCCAGGAGGCGGCCAUGAAGGCCGACCUGGCCGCCAAGACGGCCGAGAAUGAAAAACUUCAAGCGCAAUUGGAUAAAGUUCUGGAAAAAAAUUGUCAACUUGAUGGAGAAAUUGAAAAGUUAAAGGAGAAACUAGAGAAAACAACAAACCAGCAACAAGAAUUGCAGAAACUAAAUGAACUUUUGCAGGUGCAGCUGUCUGAGGAGCGGCGGCAGGCGGCCGGCCUGGCCCAGGCGCUCGCCGUCAGGGACAGCGAGGUCACCGUGCUGCAGGACUGCCUGAAGCAGGCGGGCGAGGGCGGGGAGGAGGAGGGGGGAGGCGUCGACAAGUUCCAGGCCCUGCUGGACGAGGGGCGCGUGCGGGCCGAGCUCAGGAUGGUGUCCCUGGAGCGGGACGCCCUCGCCGACCGCCUGCGAGGGGAGGAGGGCUCCCGCAAGCUCCUCGAAGACCAUGUUGAGUUGAUCACCAAGGAGGUGGCUAAACUGCGUUCGAGAUACGAGGAGGCAGAGAAGGAGAAGACAGAGGCACAGACAAGGCUGGAAGUACUGUCCAAUUACUUCAAAGAAAAGGAAACACAGCUGCAGAAGGAGUUAGGCCUUCAGGAAGCCAUGAACAUCCAGAAAGAUGGGGAUGUAACCACCACAUCUGAGCGCAUUCGUCUUCUUCAAGAAGAAGUUGAAAAUUACAAGUCACAAGUAGAUACUAUGAAGAAAGAAAUUCUGGACCAGGAAAGAGGCCUCAAGAGUCAGAUCUCAGUCCUUGAAAAGAAAGCUCAUGAGAACUGGGUGGCAGCGCGGCAGGCGGAGCGGCGGCUGGAGGAGACCAAGCAGGAGGCCGGCCAGCUCAGGAACCGGCUCACCAUCGUCGAGAAGAACAUCACCAACACCGGCACGCCCAACGGGGACACCAGCCUCAAGAUGGCAGAACGACUUCCGUCGGAGAGUAAUGGUGAGCUGCCCAUGUCCCCGCCCCUCAUAGACUCUCCUCUGCACUACCGCGAGGGCCUGCCAGUGUCUCCGCCCCUCCUGCCGCCCUUCAUGCUGCCCCCUCCAGGGGUGCCCUUCAUGCCCCCGCCCAACUUCAUGCCGCCCCCGCCCCCGCCCAUGUUCCCCGGGGACAGGCGGCCCCCGCCCCUGGGCCGCAUGUCGUCCCCCCCGCCCCCCGGCGGGGACUACUCCCCGUCCUUCGACGGUCGCUCCGACGACCGCUCUCCCCCGCCCUACCACGUGGAGAGCUUGGACCGCUACCGACGGAGGACUCCGCCCCGCUGGGACCAGCCCGUAGGCCCCCGCUCCGGCUUCAGACCCCUGCCCCCGAACCUGCGCACCACUCCCAGGGAGCCCAAAGGUUCUGCGGUGAGCUCCGGGCAUUCCUCGGAGUCCAGCCGACACAGCGACAACAACAUGGUGUGAAGAGCCGGUCACUGUGCCUUCAGUGGUGGUAGCACUGACUAGGAAGCAGUCAAUAGGAUGCAGGGGCCUCACUUCAUGCUUUCGGCGUUCAGUUUUCUUCACUGUUUGCAGCCACGAUGCGCCCUGACGUCAAAUAUGGUUGCAGCUCGUGCAAAGGCAUUUUAUUGUGUUCAUGUUAAACUUGGUAUUGUGAAAAUUUUUAAAAAUGAGUUUGUUUUUGGGGGGAAAGAAAAAAACCAUGCACAGAUUUUUAUUAAGAACAGUUUAAAGAAAUUUUCUAGUUAUAAAUAAAUCUCAGCACACUUCAGUAGGCUGUUGAGAAUGUUUCCCAUAGUUUUGUUUUUCAUUGUACCAGCCCAUAAGAGAAAUACUGGGAAGAAUAUUUAAAAUACACUGUUACAUUGACCAAAACAGUGCAAUUUUGUCAUAUGCUCAUGGUAUGAUGAAGCGGUUGUCAGUUCUGCUUGUACGUGUACAAAAGUUGUACAGUUGUAAAGAAGUUCUGAUGUGAUAGAAAGCACUACUGUCUGUUCCUCUGAAGUAUGAACUAAACUUUGAGUCAUUGCUCAUUGGCUAAGGGCAUGAGCAUACUAUCCAGUAGCAACAAGGCUUAUAGAUUAGGGAAGUGCGGAUAGAAGAGCAUUUCCAGCAACAAAGGUGAAACCCGUGUAAUUAGUUUCACAAUGAACCUAUGUUUGAUACUGUUGCCUAAGAAACAAAAUGCCCAUCGUAUGUUACCAUCAUAAUUUGAGGUUGUAGAAACUUCACUUGCAUUUUAAGGGUUAAAAACUGGGCAGUGACAUCCCAAAAGUCUAAGAAUGUAUACCAGAAAUAUAGUUUGAGCAGCAGCAUAUUAUUUAUUUUGUGUGACUUAAAGCAACACUUGUUUGCAGUGGUCAAUGUUGAAAACUAAUCAGUAUUUAUAAUUAAAUAUCAUUUGAAAUGCCCCAUAUAAAUUUUUUUGUAAUAGUACUGCUUUUCAGAAGAAGCAUUUUAUUGAUGGUUUUAUGUGCCUGUUUUAGGUUAAAAUGUUUUCUUAAUUUAUAAACUUUUUAUUUCAGUAUUGUCUUUCUAUAAUUUUCAUGCUUUUUUUUUUUCCACUUUUUUUUUUUUUUUUUAUUAGGACUUGGCACCAGUACUACAGUAUGACACAGUUUGAGAUGUAUUAAAGGCUGUAUGACAUUUUCUUGCAAGUUGUGUAAUCCUUGAAUAAAAACCUGAUAACAUAAAACACUGGGGGGUGGGGGAAAUAAAACAAAAAUAUAGUUUCUAUAGUACAAGUUUCCGAAGUGUGCCCCCCCCCCCCCCCCCCCAAAUCCCCAAUUUUUUUUUUUUUUAUUUGGUUAUGUCUUUGAUUUUGACGCAUUGUUCGAUUUUCUGAAAUCAAUUCCCCAUUAUAGGAAGUCUUCCGAUUCACAAGGUUUUAUAAAAAAAAAAAAAAAAAAUUUCAAUCUUCGACACUGUUACAGUGAGGUUUUAAAGCUAUUCUUAAAUUUAGUGUAUUGUCGCUCUGAGAAUAUCAUUGAAAGUGAAUAUGGUUAAAUAUUACAGUGUUAUGUUUCCGUAUACAUUUUGUCAAAGGUUUAUAGUCAAUAAUAAUGGCUCUGAAACAUGAUGGUACAUUAUUCCCUUUUAACUCAGGCAAAUGGUGUAAAAAAAAAAAAAAAAACAGCCUCUUCUUGCAAAAAAAAUCCAGUAAUGUUUUAUUAUCGUUCUCUAUGUUUUUGUGGGUGCUGAAUCCAAAUCUGGAAUUAACCAACAAAAUUUCUUGAUUUUGAGAUAUUCUAUAUAAUAAAAAAAAAGCAGCCAAAUUUUCACACUUUUUUUUGCUUAUAAUGUUAACAGAAUAUGUGGUAACGUAAAACUCACUUGUGUUGUUUUUAAAGACAACUAAAUUGUCACAAUUUGAUCUCCAUUGUAGCUCUGUACGUUCUAUAGUUCUUGAGAUACAGCAUGAAUUUUAUUUAUUAAAACUACUCAGCAUAAGUUACUUUGUCAAUUUUUGAUCUCAAGACAGUUACUUUGACAAUUUUUGAUCUCUUAUAGUUUUUAAACUGCAAGUAAGACCUGAGAAGGAAAGUGAUUGGUUUCAUACAGUAUCUUGGGUAAGGCUGGAAGUUAAUUUUGAUGAGCUGCCACAUUUCAGGAGAAAAUGUUAGUUAUAUCAGGAACAAUUUUUUUUUUUUUUUUUACCAUCCUCAAUUGUCAAAAUUCCUCCCCCCCCCCCCCCCCCCCCCCAUCAACAUGUCCAUUCUGAAAGAGUGCCUCUAAAAAAGUAAUUUUUUUCUUCUAUUUUGUUGCCAGGUCUGUAUCUAGGCUGGUAAAUUAUCUGGCAGUUUGUGAAGUCCUGUGUAGAAAUAUGGCUGUGAUACACUGUGCAGGAUGUUUGUAUUUUAACCUACAAGUGUUUACCAUGAUUCUUUGAAGGAAAGAUCGAUAGUGACUAUGUUUUGUCAGUUAAAUGUUAAAGAUUAUGGGCAUUGGGUCUACUUUAAUUAUUUGAAAGCACAACACUUUGCAAAAUUGUUUUUGUCUAAUCCCUGUAAUGUUAAUACAGAAAAGUGCACAUAGUAUAUAUUUUGUUCCCAAGUAUUUUGUCAUUAUUUUAGUAAGAAAUUGUUACACACAUUAAAUAUAUUUCUUUUCUUAACAUGGACAUGUUUUAUAAACUGUGGGUGACAGUGCAUAUACACUGGUGAGAGAGAUUCAAUAGAGAAGUACAUACUUUGGAUGUUUAAAAUCCAUUGCCUGAGAAGAAUAUUCCUCUUGCUCAUUAAUACCAGGUAAAAGAUCGCUCACCAGUGUGUAUGCUCCGUUCAUUUGUAACAUUGUAUUCCAAUGUAUCUAAUGCUCUUUGCUCCUGUGUGGAAAAAAAAAAAAGAAAACAUUACGGAGUCACAAAGAGGUCAUUGUUAAUCUUUGUACAGAGAAUUUUAAUAUAUGCAUACCAAUUACAAAUAUGUCAUACUUA